CAAACUGUCACUCUUUAUAAUUGUCACUUUCUAAUCCACUUUUCAGUCUAGAUUUUGUGAUUAACACAAAAACACGAUACCUUUAAUGAUUUCGUUUUUGGAGACUAAAUUUGUCAUGGAGAUUGCUUUGCUACUACUUUUAGUGAUACCAUUGACAUCAAAUGCAACUAUAAAGGAUAAGAUGAUUGUACCAGGACAUUUUAAGUGGAUAACAAAAGCGGUUUCGAGUAAAAACCUUAUGUGUCCACUUACUUGUAAGACAACGACUGUACAACUCAGACCAUUUGGUGGUUCUCCUAUUAUCCAAUGUUGUACAGACCGAUCACUUCCCAUUUGGAAGAUCGGUAAAUUUAGAAGUUCAAUCUGUAAUCUCAAUCUCAAUGGCAAUGGUAAAACUGGACAGUGCUCUACGAAAACAACAUUCUAUAAGUUAAUUUUCAAAAAUACAAACUCUACAUUUAUUCCAAAUGGUUUUAUGUAUUAUAAUGAGACCGUUGAAAUAGAUUUUAGCAACAAUGAAAUUGAAAAUAUAACUUGAUCAGAUUUUGAAUGCUUUCCUAUUCUCGAUACUUUGGAUUUGUCAAGUAAUAAAAUUUCACAAUUGGAGAAUAUAACAUUCUUCAAACUACAGAAUUUAAGAAAAUUAGAUUUAUCAUAUAAUGUCAUACAGUAUAUAGAACCGAGAACAUUUAGUUACCGACCCGGUUCGCUCCUGAUUAUCAAUCUUCGUGGAAACAUACUGAAAAGUAUUGACGUUACAAAUCUAUACUUAGGUUACCGGUUUUCUGAAAUUGAUGUCGCCAGGAAUAAAAUCUCGAAAAUUACAAAUCAACUACAGUGGAAGAGUCCAAAAUUAAUAGGUGGCGGAAGCAUAGAUUUUAUGAAUAAUAAUUUUUCACACUUACCGUAUAUUAAAAAUACAGGAAUAACAAGUAAAACAAUCUUAAGUGUAUCAUUCAGAUAUAGCCUCUAUUUGGGAGGCAACCCUUGGUUUUGUGAUUGCAAGUUUGCUUGGUUUAUUCCGUCAUUAAAAUUAGCCAGCAAACAUUUUAACGUAGGAAGUGACUGGGAAUGCAAAUAUCCAAUCAGUCUUAGGGGAGUAUUGGCUGUUAAUGUACCAGAUGACCUUUUUGUAUGCAAUAUAUCAGUAGAACAAAAAUGCCCACUAAGCUGUAACUGUUUUGAACAACCUUCCAGAAAACGUGUUGUUGUGAAUUGUAGUCGUAGUACAAAGUACAAAAUUCCAAGUGCAUUCCCUCAACAGGAUAAUUUAGAUAUUGAUCUUAGUCAUAACUUUAUAACGUUUUUCGAAAAGAGAGCAUAUUUGAAUCGCACAGUCGCGAUCAAUUUAUCAUUCAAUAAAAUUAAAGUUUUAGAUCCUCUCGUCUAUGGAAUUGAAACACUCAAACUUAUCAACGUUGAAAACAAUCAAAUAAUAGAUCUGCAUAGAAAUGUACAGUAUAUGAAAAAUGGACGAACAAUUGUCAUAGGCAACAUUACAAUUGAGUGUUCCUGUAGAAAGAAAUGGAUUGCAAAUUGGUUGGAAUAUCAGAACAGGUUACUAGUAAGACAUAAUCGGAUCGUAUGUCGACAGAGGAAUGAUGAGUUAAUAACAUUAUAUAUGAUCAAUAACUGUAGUUUUCGAAAGAAGCAUUUAGCCUACGAGCAGUAUCUAAUUGUGGGUUUAUUUUUAAUUGUACUUAUAGCUACAUUUACUCGACUUUUUUUCAAAUACGAAAUAUACUUAUUUUUAAGGAAAUGCAGACAUAGAUUUAAGUUAAAUGUUAUCAACCCUGUCGAGCAGUCGUCUACAUUUGAUAUUUAUAUUUCAUUCAGUGAAGACAAAGAAGACAUCAGUAAAUGGGUGAUAGGUGUUUUAACGACACAUUUAGAAACACGUGGUUUUAAAAUUUGUUUACCGCCUAGAGAUUUUGAUUUGGGUGGAGUCCAUGUUGAUCAAAUAAUGACUCACACCGCCAGUUCAAAGAAUUAUGUAGUUGUGUUAAGUGAUGAUUAUUUAAAAACACAAUACCAAGUUAUUGAAUGGGGUCAUAUCUGGAACAAUUACAAACGUAACAUUAACAGUAACAUUUUAGUCAUUAAUUAUGACAUGUUACAUAGUAAAAACAUCAAAGAUCAGAUAUUAAAAGCUUUUCUGAGACUUAAUUUUUCCAUUGACUUUAGUAACUUUGAUAAAAAAUUAUUGACGAAAAUAGAAAACGAACUUAGAGUCAAAGCUCCGUGUUGAAGGCCGUACCUUGACCUAUAAUGGUUUUCUUUUAUAAAUUGUUAAUUGGAUGGAGAGUUGUCUUAUUGACACUCAUACCACAUCUUUAUAUAUCUAUUUGGUGUAAGAGAUGAAAUGUUGUUAUAUCUUUAACAUUUGAAAUAAAUGUAGCAUUUU